AUGAAUGUUUCCGACGCUCUGAAUCAAACGGACGGGGAAGGCACUUCUGCCUCCUUGACCUCACCCACUUUUGGCUACAUAGCCAUUGUAGUUUGCGCAGUCUGCUUUGGGACUAACUACUUGCCAGUGAAGAAGUUUUCAAUGGGUGAUGGUAUGUUUUUUCAGUGGAUGAUGUGCAACGCAAUUUUGAUCGUGGGCGUCAUAGUCAACUGCUCAGUUGGGUGUCCAAAGUUCUACCCUCUCGCCAUGUUCGGUGGCGCGCUGUGGGCUAUAGGAAAUUCCUUGAGUGUGACAAUCAUUGAGGCAAUCGGAGUCGGUCUUGGCAUGAUCAUCUGGUCCAUGUCCAACAUGCUCUUCGGCUUUGCAACUAGCCGGUUUGGGUGGUUCGGAAUUGCGCAGAAGAUCCCCAAGAAGCCCAUCAUGAAUUACAUCGGGGUCGCCAUCGCUCUCGGAAGCGUCAUCAUCUACGCGGCAAUAAAACCUAACCAACCGGAGAGCAAGAAGGAAUCGCCGAGAGAGGGUGGAGAUUUGGAGGAUGUGGUGAGGACGGACCGCAGUACCACAAAAGCUCUCCUCACCGACGAGCGAGAAUCCACUGGCAAAUGUGGACGCAUGUGCAAACCCAUCUCCAGCAUGCCUCUGGCGCAAAGACGCAUUAUUGGAGUAGUCAUAGCUGUUGUGGUCGGCUCACUUUACGGAAACACUUUCGUCCCGACCCAGUACAUUCAGACCUGGUACGAGGGAGCCAGUAAAGAAGGUCUUCACUACGUGUUCGCCAACUUUGUGGGCAUCUGGAUGACCUCAACAGCGAUCUUUUUCAUCUAUGCAAUGGGGAAAAGAAACAGACCCUGGAUUCCACAAAACAACGCUAUCGCACCCGCCCUCGCCAGCGGCGCCCUGUGGGGCACCGCUCAGUCCGCCUGGUUCGUGGCCAACGCCGCACUCGGUGAACCCAUCACCUUCCCCAUCAUCACCACGUGCCCUGCUCUCAUCGCCACCAUAUGUGGCAUGAUUUUCUUCAAAGAAAUAACCGGAAAACGAAACUAUAUUCUCCUAGUGAUCGCCUUCUGUGUGACCGCCGUUGGUGUCAUCCUCAACGCCCUCUCAAACGUCUAA